GCUUCUGUGCUGUCUGCAUGAUCCCUCUGUGCAGCACACAAUAGUGUAGCACAGGCGCACGAGCACCCUGCAGAUUGCAGUUGCAAUAGCACUGGUCUUAUUUUAGGUAAGAUUCUCUGGCAUUAACCUAAUCACUGCCACGUGGAAAACAUGACAGGAUCUCUGUACUUUUAACCGUAGCCAGUGCGAUGCUAUGGAUGAGUUUGUAGCCAAGGCGAAAGGUGAUGAAGACAGUGAUAUACCGUUGGCCCAGGUGAGCCAGGACAGAGUUGUACCUUCACUGGCUCUCGCUGACUCAGGUGUCAAGUUGCACUUACCUGCCUGCUCAGACAUGCAACGCCCCCUUACAGAGGAGCUGCGAGACAGGAGGGGACUGGAGCUAAUCACAGCCACUGUAAAUCCACAGUUCCGUUUUAGCCAGCUGGAUCCUCAAGAGGAAAUUACAAGACCCCCCAAAAGAGAAAACCUCAAGCAAACCAUAGAAAUAAACAGCCAAACCAUCUCUCAAGGUCUUGAAGGAAGUGAAAGCCUCCCUUCUGAUACCACGAUGUGUCUCUGUGAUACCUGUGGCUGCCAGCACGUGGCUGGGGGAAAAUGUGAGACAUGUGGUGAAAUCUGUCAGUUUAAAGAGAGCAGGUCCCUGGUCCUGGAGCCAUCUCAAAGGUUUGGGGUGGGCAACGAGACCCCAAAACCCGUCAAGAAGCGGAGACCAAAAGAGUAUCAGAGCCCAGCAGAGUCAGAAGCCGAAAUAAUGGAAAAGCAAAAAGAGCAGAAGAUCCCAGAUAUUGAGGAAACCUACAUGAGGAACUCAGAACGGGAUAUGUGGAGCCAAAGAGACACACAGAUUUCUGGAGAUGAGCUGGGAGACUCUUGGUCUUGGUCCUCCUACUUGGAGGAACAGAAAUGCAUUGCUGCUCCUACUGAUGUCUUUUGGGAGUGGCAACUGGGAACACAGCACAAGAAUGGCUUCAAGGUGGGAAUGAAACUAGAGGGAACAGAUCCCCAGCAUCCAUCCAUGUAUUUUAUCCUUACUGUGGCUGAGGUGUGUGCGUUUCGGAUAAGACUCCACUUUGAUGGUUAUUCUGACUGCCAUGACUUCUGGGUGAAUGCUGACUCUCCUGACAUUCACCCUGCCGGAUGGUGUGAGAGAACAAGACACAAACUGCAACCCCCAAAAGGUUACAAAGAUGAAGAUUUCAGUUGGACCAAUUACCUGAGAUUGACAAAGGCUCAUGUGGCUCCAAAACACCUAUUUAUGACCCCAAAAAUUGGUGCACCACCAUCCCUCUUUAGGGUAGGGAUGAAGCUAGAAGCCGUGGACAGGAUGAAUCCAUCUCUUAUAUGUGUGGCUAGUGUCACCGAUGUAGUAGAAAACAGAUUCCUUGUACACUUCGACAACUGGGGUGACACCUAUGACUAUUGGUGUGACCCCAGCAGCCCCUACGUUCAUCCUGUGGGUUGGUGUAAAGAACAUGGGAAGCCUCUCACUCCACCUCAGGAUUAUCCAGACCCUGAUAACUUCACUUGGGACAGAUACUUGUCUGACACUGGAGCUACUGCAGUGCCCACUCGUGCCUUUCACAUGCGGCCCCCACAUGGGUUCAAGGUCAACAUGAGACUGGAAGCAGUAGAUAGAAGUCGUCCCUCAUUGAUCCGUGUGGCAUCUGUGGUGGACGUGGAAGAGUGCAGGAUAAAGGUUCACUUUGAUGGCUGGAGCUAUUUGUAUGACUUUUGGCUGGACGCUGACCACCCAGAUUUACAUCCUGUGGGUUGGUGCCAGAGAACAGGACACCCACUACAGACUCCCCUCCGACACCAUGAUGCUAGUGACAUGUUACCGGGUGCUUGUGUAUCCCUCAGCUGUAAGGGGAUCUCUCACUCACGAAGUAGUAAAUACGGUUUCCAGCACAGAAAGUGUCCUACUCCUGGUUGUGAUGGUUCUGGUCAUGUGACUGGAAGGUUCACAGCUCAUCACUGUCUCUCUGGCUGUCCUCUUGCUGAUAGGAACCAACAACCAGCACGAACCAGGAAUCCCAUUCCACUACCACCCCGCAGGAAAUCCAGACACCAUGGCAGGAUCGGACGUCCUCCAAAAUAUCGAAGAGUGCAGCAGGACAGUUUUCAGGACACCGUUCACCAGUCACUUUUCAUAUCUGCAAUGUCAAUACACCCGGAUCGCGCACUUGCUCACUGCUGGGAGCAACACUGCCGUCUACUGCCUGGUGUUGCUGGUAUCAGUGCCAAUACAGUGUCUAAGUGGAGUACAGAAGAGGUGUUUAACUUUGUGCAGACACUGACAGGAUGUGAGGACCAGGCCAGACUGUUCAAAGAGGAGAUGAUAGAUGGACAGGCACUCCUGCUCCUCACGCAGACAGACAUUGUAAAGAUCUUAUGUAUUAAAUUGGGACCGGCGGUGAAAAUUUACAACUCGAUUCUUAUGUUCAAGAACACAGAAGACUCUGAAGACUGACCGACUCUUCCGAAUCUAAAACGUUUGGCUCUUUCAGUGUCACCAUAGCUCUUCAUUAUCAUUGCCCUGCCAUGCAUUGAAUGUCCCCGACACAGCAUAAGUACAUUGUAGUGAGAAAUUGAGUAAGAAAUCCCAUUAAAAUGUGCUGUUGUUGUGUAGUGCCCCAAGGCUUCAUUACUAAGAUAUUAGUCACCUGUACUACCUGAGCAAUCGGCUAGCUUGCACUUUGAAGAGAACUGACUAGUAUUGUGGUGACAAAUUUCAGUCACUAGAGGGAGCUCUAUGACUCAUUUGUACAUAUGUUCUGUAUGGGAAAUAAGUCACCUGCAGUACUGAAUAAGAAAUCAAAGUGUUUGAAACAGAAAUAAAAUGUACAGGGUGCCAGGGUUAUUAAACGUGUGAAAGUUUAAA